GGUCAAGUAAUUCUUGAAGAGUCAGUUAGAGUCGGUGGUUUGUUCCAUCGGAAGGUCAAAUUUUUUUUCUCGGAAGGUAAUUCCCUCUUGAAUCCCAGUCCUCUUUGAUCGAGUUCGUUUGUGCCAGUCCUCUUUGACCGAGUUCGUUUGUGCUACCAUUGAUACGGAAUUGAAAUCCCUCGCCAUCAAAUUUGUGAAAUAUUCCCAACAUCAUCGAAACUAGGGAGAGAGAUAUACCAGAAAGAAAAUUGAAAGCCUGAGAGACAAUGGAGGUAGACGAUGUUCCGUUGGACGACAAGGCCAAGAGAAUGAGAGAUCUGUUGUCGAGCUUCUACUCUCAAGAUCCUUCUUCAACUCCAAUUCCAGCCAACACUUCUUCCAGAUUCGCCACAUUGGACACCAUCAACACCACCUCCUUCGAUGCCGAUCAGUACAUGAAUCUUCUCGUUCAAAAGUCAAAUUUGGAGGGGCUGCUUCACAGACAUGUUGAAAUGGCUGCUGAGAUAAAAAAUCUUGACACAGACUUGCAAAUGUUAGUAUAUGAAAAUUACAACAAGUUUAUUAGUGCCACAGAAACAAUUAAAAGGAUGAAGAAUAACAUUGUAGGCAUGGAAACAAAUAUGGAACAGCUUCUUGAAAAGAUAAUGUCUGUUCAAUCUAGAAGUGACGGAGUCAACACGUCUCUUUUCGAAAAGAGAGAACAUAUAGAGAAAUUACAUCGCACACGCAAUCUUCUGCGUAAAGUUCAGUUCAUAUAUGAUCUACCUUCUAGACUUGAGAAGUGUAUCAAAUCAGAGGCCUAUGCUGAUGCUGUCAGGUUUUACACUGGAGCCAUGCCGAUUUUUAAGGCAUAUGGGGACUCAUCAUUCCAGGAUUGUAAGAGAGCAUCUGAAGAAGCAGUGACUAUAAUAAUGAAAAACUUGCAGGGGAAGGUAUUCUCAGAUUCCGAGUCCAUACAGGCAAGAGCUGAGGCUGUAAUGCUUCUUAAGCAGUUGGAUUUCCCGGUUGAAAAUUUGAAGUCAAAACUGCUUGAAAAAUUAGAGCAGUUCCUUGUGGACCUUCAUCUCGAAUCCAGAGAAAUAACCAACUGUUCAGCGGAUCCUCAUGAACCUUCUAAACAAGGAAAUGUUAUUGAUUCUACUCCUGUUACUGAUCAUGAGGCUUCUACUCGUGAAUUUGCGGAAGCUGUCCGUGCUUACCGAGUAAUAUUCCCCGAUUCGGAACCACAACUAAUUAAACUCGCGCAAGACCUUGUUACAAAGCACUUUGAAGCCACUCAACAGCAAAUCAAGAAACAAAUUCGUUCAGCAGAUCUAUUGGGAAUGCUUCGGAUUAUAUGGACUGAUGUUCUUCUGAUGGAUGAAAUGUUACCUGAGGCUGCUCUCUCUGAUUUUUCUUUUCAGGCUGCCUGUGUUGCCGUCAAACAGUAUAUUGUCAGCACAUUUUCUCGUCUCCUACUUGAUAUCUCAGAUGCACUUACAAAAGUCCAGCGUAGACAAAAGGAGGGAGUAGAAGAAGAAUAUUCCUUACAGGCUGCCCUGGAGGCCAGCAAAAGAGCAGUAAUUCAAGGCAGUAUGGAUGUUUUACUGGACUUUCGCCAGCUUCUGGAUGAAAACUUGGGGUUCCUAAUGAAGCUGAGAGACUUGAUCAUUGACUGGGUACAAGAAGGAUUUCAAGACUUCUUCAGAAAACUUGAUGAUCAGUUCCUCUUGCUGUCAGGGAAGAAUAUUUCAGCCACUCAAGAUCAAGGUUCAACAGAAGGAAUGCAGGGGGACAAGGUCCUUGCUGGGCUUGUUCUUGUACUUGCUCAGCUUUCUGUUUUCAUCGAACAAAGCGCCAUCCCUAGAAUUACUGAGGAAAUAGCUACUUCUUUUUCUGGUGGCGGUGUUCGAGGCUAUGAAUAUGGGCCUGCUUUUGUUCCUUCAGAAAUUUGUCGAUCCUUUCGAUCAGCUGCUGAAAAGUUUUUGCAGCUUUAUAUCAAUCUGAGAACUCAAAAGAUAUCAGUUCUUUUGAGAAAGAGGUUUACAACACCGAAUUGGGCAAAGCACAAGGAACCCAGAGAAGUUCAUAUGUUUGUUGAUUUAUUUCUUCAAGAGUUGGAAGCAACAGCAACUGAAGUAAAGCAGAUUUUACCUCAAGGGCUCCAUCGUAAACAUCGUCGAACAGACAGCAAUGGAAGCACCACUUCUUCACGCAGCAAUCCACUGAGAGAUGAUAAAAUGGGCCGGUCAAAUACACAUAGGGCUAGGAGCCAGCUUCUGGAGACCCAUCUAGCCAAAUUGUUUAAGCAAAAAAUGGAAAUUUUCACAAAAAUUGAACAUACACAGGAAUCAGUUGCAACUACUAUUGUUAAACUCUGCUUGAAAAGUUUGCAAGAGUUUGUUCGCCUUCAGACAUAUAACAGGAGUGGAUUCCAGCAAAUUCAGUUGGACAUUCAGUUCCUGAGGACUGCCUUAAAGGAAAGUGCCGAAGAUGAAGCUGCGGUUGAUUUCCUGCUUGAUGAGGUGAUUGUUUCUGCUGCAGAACGUUGUCUUGAUCCGAUUCCUUUGGAGCCCCCCAUCUUGGACAAACUCAUACAAGCAAAGUUGGCGAAGAAUUCGGAACAGAACCCAAUUUCAUCAUAAAACCAAUGGUGCAAUCAGUAGUGAUCUGAAUUCCUUUAUGUUGCUGGUGGCGGAGUGGUGCUUCACCUCGCCCGCCGGGUUGAUGUUUUGAAUCUGGCCUAUUGGGCAAUACCCAUACACAUACCUGAAGAGAUUGAUCUAGUUUCUGCUGACAACCUUGGUUAUUCCUUUUCUGUAGGACAUCGAUGUAUCGGUUCAGGCUCUGUUCUUUUCAUACGAAGAUAAACCAUUCGAGUGUCGGUCUGUAAGAUGUUUCCUCGGGCUUUUCAUUGUUGUGAUUUAAGACAGUUUCUCCGGAGAAAAAAGGAGAUAUUGACAAAAAUGUUCGUUCCGAGGUUAUAUGUAUUAAGCCUGGCAUUUGGGUGCAAAGAAUAUCUUCUGCAAAUUUUUACACCCACAAAAUUGCCCGAGCAUAAAAUGAUAUAUUUCAUGUAGUUCAAAUACCUUUGCGUUUCAGGUUUGCUUGCCUCCUAUGAUUUCGGUUUAUUAUGUAUCUGGGAUGUAAAUG